GACCUGCCGCCCGUGGCCUACCUGCCAGCCGUGGACCUCCGCGACUGCGGCGACAAGGUCCGCAUCCUGAGCAGCCGCGCGGACGCCCGCGCUGGCGGUGCUCAUGGGGACCAGGGGCUUGUUCGUGCUGCGGGGCGAGAGCCGCUACGGCGACAGGACGUCCUCGGCGCUGGCGGUGGGCCGCACCCCGCGGCGGCGCGGCAGGCGCUGCCGCCUGGCCCCGGGUCCGCGGCGCCGCGCGAUCGGCGCUCGGAGCCCGCAGGCGACAUCCAGCAGCACGCCGAGCGGGCCAUCGCCGCGCGGGCCGGGCAGGCCUUCGCGAGCGCGGCCGGCGCCGAGCACGGCCUGGCGGGCCGCUGGCCAAGUGGCGACUUCAGCUUCAGCCCGACGAGGCGCGCCACCGUGACCGGCGGAGAG